AUGGUGAAAUACGUACUUCACUACUUCAAGGGUGUUAACAGCCGUGCUGAAAGUAUCCGUCUGGCUUUCAAACUAGCUGGUGUCGACUAUGAAGAAAAGAACUUCGAGAGGGCGGAUUGGCCUAAGCUAAAGCCAAACUAUGUUACCCAGGAAACGCCGUCGCUGGAGGUCGACGGGCAGAUGAUAUGUCAGAGUAAGGCUCUCCUGAGAUAUCUGGCCAGGGAAUUCGGAUUUUAUGGCAAGACGUCUCUUGAUGCAGCAUUCAUAGACCAAGCACUUGACACGGUGGAGGACAUCUGGUCGGAAGCCAACCAUGUCUUCCAUGGGCCUCAAGAAAGCAAGCCAGAAAGAUUGGAUAAGUUCUUGAAGGAGUGGGUCCCGUCGAUCUACGCGUGUCUUGAGCGUUUAAUCGGCCAGAACCACGCCGGGGACUUCUUCGUCGGAAACUCGAUCUCGAUCGCCGAUCUUUUUUUCUUCACCGCUGUUGAUUUUGUGGAUGUCGUGUCAAAGGGCGCCAACUCCCUGGAGAAGUUUCCGAAGCUGGUCGCCCUCAAGAGCCGCAUUGCUGCCAACCCCAAGAUCGCAGCCUGGUUGGCUGUGCGACCACCUGAAGCGACGUUUUAAGU